UAAGACAGGAGGGCCAACCCAUUCUCACUCCAAAGGCGUCAAAAACCAAAGCAUGGUCAAGCGCCCCUAGCGUCACUUUUAUGACGCCAAAUGUGCCUCUCGGCGUCGAAUAUCGAAGCACUACGACCUUCAUUGCUUUCAGUGGGAAACUUUUGGCGUCAGAAUUCGACACGAGGACAUGAGAUGUUUAUCGCUAUGAAAUCACGUUCAAGAAGUCUCAUUCAGCACACAUCGCGAUACUUGCUAUCAGUUCCACAGUUUGGCUGAAAAGACGUAAAGGAAGCCCAGUGGUGUUUCUGGAGAGGGAUUCCUUCAGAAAUGGAGAAGACAGAAAGCUGCGGAGGCAGAUAUAUGCAGCAGAUUUUUUGCAGAUAAUGCUGUUCUUCUUUUUCAGGUCUAAAAUAUCGAGCUCAACAGCUAUUUUAAGAGCCAACCCUCACAAACCUUCCUAAAAACUAAAAGAGCUAUUACUGAGUCUCAGCGAAUCUUGCCAUGAUCAGCUCUUCCCAGAAGAGAAGGAAGACCAAGGAAAUGAUUUGCUCAGGAUGAGGAAUGAAGAUGGCCAUCUUGAGCUCAAACAAACAGAAGUCCUCUGAUGAUCUCAUCAGCCAAAUGAGGGGUUUUGACCAAGUGAUGCUCUUGAAAGGAGUGAAAGAAGAGGAUGUGGUAAAUUGUGGUAAAAAAAAGCUUCUCUAAAGGUCUCAAAACAGCUUGAAGAAUGGUCUGGGAUCUUAGGACUGAGAGAUCCUCUGGCUGAGAAAAAACUACACCACAUCAGUGCUGGAUAUCAACCACAAACUGUUUCCAGACACGAGAGAAGAAGAUCACGAUGGGGAGAUGAAACCAGUUUAGAUGUGAUGAUGGGAAUCAUUAUUUUCUGGAACAGUAUCACAUGUCUUAUAUGUAUCACAUGUACGGUGUACAUUUUAGGACAUCCUCAGACCUCAGUCAUUAAAUGAAAAGGCGUCAUGCAUCAGACUAAAAGGCUUCAGUCAUUGGACAAAACGGCAUCGCGCCUCAGACUGAAAAGCUUCAGGUCUCAGGAAAAACGACGUCAGGUGUCAGGUCUCAUACAAUUAGGCAUCAGACGAAACGGACUCAGACCAAAAGGCAUCAGACGAAACGGACUCAGACCAAACGGACUCAGACCAAAAGGCAUCAGACGAAAAGGACUCAGACAAAAAGGCAUCAGACGAAACGGACUCAGGUGGACUAUCGCGUAGCCCCGCCCCAUGUGACGUCACACGCACGCGGUUCAGAGGAAGUGUAUGAAACGGUUGAUGGAUGGCAAAAGGAGUCAAUCAAGAAUGGAUACAGAGAUAAAUGAAACGAUAAAGUUGCUAUUUGACAAUGGCUUCAAACAAAGAGAAAUGUGCUCUUUUCUUGCUGCUUCUGGAUACAAAAUCAGUGAAAGGCAUCUAAGAAGAUUAUUAAAAUCCCUUGGUUUAAAACGGAGGAGUUUUGACAGGCCCCAUAAUGAAAUUCGCCAUGCUGUUAUGAGUGAGCUUAUGCACUGGUCACCUUGGCAAGGAAUCCGUGCAAUGCACAAACGGGUUCGUGAUGUCAGAGGAAUCCAGCCUUGCUACAGGAAUGAUGUGGCUGUAAUAAUGAGAGAACUUGAUGCCAGUGGUCUUCUUAGAAGAUGUCCUGGGAAAAAAAGGAUUGAACGUAGGAACUACUUCAGCCGUGGACCAAAUUACACUUGGCAUAUUGAUGGAAAUGACAAAUUGAAAUUCUGUGGAAUCUGGGUACAUCUUGGUAUUGAUGGGUUUUCUAGGAAAAUCAUUUGGCUUAAGGCUGGCACCUCAAACCGACAGCAAACCUUCGUUGCAAGGUACUUCUUUGAUGCCAUUCAGGAACACAGUGGUUGCCCACGAUUCAUAAGGGCAGACAGAGGAAAGGAAAAUCUUCUCGUCGGACAGAUGCAAGUGGCAUUUCACUUCCGGGAGUCUGGUGAUCAAGGACGAGACUCCUUCAGAGUGGGCACAUCAGUACAUAACCAGGCAUCUGAAUGCUUCAACAGUAUGCUGAAGAAAACAUGGAUCAAAAAAUGGCAGGUGACAUUUGAGGCCAUGAUGGAAUCUGGCAUGCUCAAUUUAGACAAUCCUGUACACAUAAAUUGCCUGCAAUAUACACACCUUCCCCUUCUUGAGAGAGAGCUGAACAUAGAGCAAAGACUGUGGAACACUCACGACAUUCGCAAGCAAAGGAAUGCUCCAGGUCCAUUUGGGAAACCAGACCUUCUCUUUACUUCCCCACCCGAAGGCUUUGCUGAUAUGCUCUGCAAAGUAGACAACGACCUCCUGAAGUAUGCAGAACAGCUUGUUUGUGGAGUAGAUGAGCCUUUGUUGGUGGCAAAUGAAGAAUUCAGAAAAAUAUCAGAGGCUAUUCUGCAAAAUACAAACUUCCCAUCAUCACCAGAUGGGUCUUUGGCGGCUUACCUCAUGUUGGUGGAGAAAUUCACCACAGUCCUUCAAACAAGAGGCACUCCCAUUCCAUCCACAUUUGCAGAGGCAAAUGAAAUAUACCAACUGCUGGCCAAUGAGACAGGGACUUUUUAACUGCUCAUCAACAAAAUAAAUACAUAUAAAGGGACCAAAUUAUUAAAAAAGUGCUACAAAUGAAGAUGCAAAACAUGUUUAAUGAUGUGAACAUACAUUGAAACAAAUAAUGAAACAUACCAGCAGUGUUAGACAGAGAGAGAGAACGGCUGUGAUUAUAAUGUUAACAUUUUACCAACAUUGGUUUUUGUACUACAAACUGAAAUGACAACUUGCACAGUCCAUGUGAUAAUCUGUAACAUUUACCAUUCGUAACCAUAACGGCUCUUUAAAUCUGGCCCCUCCACUGUUUUUAGGGACAGCACCACAGAGGAAGCUUCAGGUCUCGAUGCUACAUCAUAGUGUAACAUUGUACCAAUAAACUGGUACUUGUCACUCA